GCAAAUAAAUCAUAAAAUUGUUGUCUAAGACAAAACAAACGAUGAAAUCACCAACAGUUAUAUUCUUCAUAUUCAUGUUCUCUUUCUUUGCUCUACAACAAUGCAUGCACGUGGAUGUUAGAAAAAUUGAUAGCGUGAGCAAGCUCCAAAUAUCAAAUUGUGUUCCUGCCAAAUGCGGCGAAGGUUUUUUCAAACGGAAUUGUUGGUGUUGUUUUCAUGAUCAAACGAUUUGUUAUAAUACCCAAAAAAUAUGCGAGUCCAGCCUCCGUUGUCCUCCUUUAAAGUUUAAUCUUUUAGAAAAUUAAUGGGUGUGAGGAUGGAGGUUAGAGAUAUAAGAAGGUGGAACAAAAUCUAUGUACCAAAAUCUAUGUACCAACAUGUUUUCAUGUUUCAUGUUAAACUUUCAGUUUAAGAAGAAACUGUUAUUGUUGCGGAUCAAACGAAAACGGAAAAUCAAUGCUAUGACAAACACUAUUGCAACACUCAUUGUCCUCAUCCUAAAGUUUAAAACUUUCAUAAACCGAUAUACAACGAAGCAUUAUAGUGCUGAAUUAUACUACUACUCCUAAUGUCACUAUUUGUUUCAAUUAAAAUAAGAACAU